GGGACCUUCAGCUUGUGGGCCCAACAGCUAACAUUAUCAUAACCAGUUAUCAAAAUGCAGGCCUUUCGAAGAUCAUCGAUUCCUCUGGCUGAAGUCAAAACGCUUCGCCAGCUGUACGAAGCAGGCGACCUACGUGCUCCAGCAAAGUCUGAGUACAAACCCGCUUUUCUGGACAAAGUCAGCCUACACUUAGGGGAUAUCACUAAGCUACAAGUGGAUGCUAUCGUUAACGCUGCCAAUAGUGGGCUGCAGGGAGGCGGAGGAGUCGAUGGCUCCAUUCAUCGUGCCGCUGGACCGGGUCUUAAGGCAGAGCUUCGUGAGAAGUACGUCGAUACAGCCAAGGCGGGAUCGGUACCCUGCCCUACUGGAGAAGUCAGGAUAUCAACUGGUCAUGAGCUACCUUCAAAAUAUGUUAUACAUGCCGUCGGACCUAGUUUAGCUUGGAAUCUGAGGGGACCGCCAGCUGAAGACACAAAGCUUGCUACCUUGCUCAGGGAUCCGACCUCCGCAUCUGAGGGCAAAAUUCCAGCAGCCCUUCUGGCGUCGUGCUAUCAAAACUCUCUGGAGGUCAUGGUCGAGAACAAGCUCAAGCACAUCGCCUUCCCAUGUAUUUCUACGGGCAUCUAUGGGUAUCCCAUAGUCGAAGCAACUGAAAUCGCGCUUCAUACCAUUCGAACAUUUUUGAGUGCGGACGAUCAUGCAGACAAGGUGGAACGUGUAAUCUUUGUCCUUUUUGACAAAGGUCCCGACUCAGAAAGAGACAUUGCAACCUACAGAAAACUUCUUCCCCACUUCUUUCCCCAAGAAUCAGACACGUCGCACGCUUGAUGGUGUCUAUCAGUGUUAGAAGACGAAACUUGUAUGAGUACAGUUCAAGGAGAAUUAACCCCCUUUUCGGGACGGUCAAGUACCGCGAUUCUGCUAUCCUUCGUGACCACCAAUCUUCACUUCGAUUGACC